AUGGCUUCAGAUUUAUCAAGUCAUCUUGAGUUAGGUAGCUCUCUCACAGUCCCGAAUGUGCAGGAGCUUGCUGCAUCCAUUCCUCCCAAUGAGAAUAUUCCGGAGAGAUACAUCAGACAGGAAGUGAAUGUCGGUCUUGUCGACUCCAUCGACGGCGAUGAGAUUCCUGUGAUCGAUCUAACGAAGCUCGUCGAUGAAGAAAACAUUGAUGGGGAGGAGCUGUCCAGGCUAGGAUUGGCAUGCAAGGAGUGGGGCUUCUUCCAAUUGAUAAACCAUGGGAUUACAAAGCAAGUAAUAGAGAAAACUAAGAAUGAUAUCAUGGAGUUCUUCAAGCUUCCGCACAAAGAAAAGGAGGCAAUUAAACAAUUGCCUGGACAUAUAGAAGGUUAUGGUCAAAUGUUUGUGCAUUCAGAGGAACAAAAGCUAGAUUGGGCAGACAUGCUAACAUUGGUCACCCUACCUCAUAAGGACAUGAGGUUUUGGCCUAAGAAUCCAGCAUCCUUCAGGGAUACACUCGAGACAUAUACAUUAAAGAUUAGAGAACUUGUUGAUUGUUUGUAUAGAUUGAUGGCUAAGGAUUUAGGGGUUGAUCCCCAAGUUAUGCUUGAUGUUUUUAGUGGGCAGAUGCAGUCUAUUAGGAUAAAUUACUAUCCACCAUGCACACAAGCUAAUAAAGUGUUGGGUCUCUCUCCACACAGUGAUGGCAUUGCAUUAACUGUGCUUCUACAAGCAAAUGAUGUCAAUGGUUUACAGAUUAAGAAAAAUGGCAAGUGGUUUCUUGUAAAACCAAAACCAGGAGCUUUCAUCAUCAACAUUGGUGAUAUGUUGGAGAUACUGACUAAUGGAAAGUAUAAAAGCAUAGAGCAUAGAGCAAUUAUAAACAUGGAGGAGGAACGAUUAUCGAUAGCCACGUUUCAUUUACCACGUACAGAUGCUGUGCUAUGUCCUUUUCCAGACCUUGUUAAUGUUGAUGGGGAGCUCUAUAAGACAAUUAGUGUUAAAGAGUAUACAAGAGAAUACUUUUCAGGAAAACUAAAUGGAAAGAAUGCCUUGGAGAGGAUGAAAUUAAGGAAAUGAAGUAUAACACCUAAUAAUAAUUUGUAAUCAAAAUAAUUUAAAAAUAUAUUACUAUUAUUGCUAUUGAAAUAAA